GCUUCACCGUGUGGGAAGCUCAAUGCAGCAACAAAACCAACAUACUUAGAAGAAGACGAGGUGGAAUAGUUGGUUUAUAAGACUGGUCUCAUUAUUCGGACGAGGACUGCACCAACAAUACUUAUUUUGACGAUAUGGUGUAGGGUGGCAUCUCUUUUUCGAGCGUGUUUUACUCAGCUGAAUUAUUAAUUUCCUCGUCGGUCUGACAUCAGAGCACGUAGUUUAUUUUCCUCUUAUCUCGCAACUUGCAUAAUCCCAAGAAACGGCAGGGAUCAACUGGAGUCGAUUUCCGAUUUUCGGUAAUCGGGUUGAGCCGCGACGCGCGAUGGAUUGUUGCGAUUAAUUUAUUAAGAUCUGUAUCAGUUGUUGUUGUUUUUUUCUUUUCUUUCUUUCUUUUUUUUUUUCCCGGAACUGUUGAACGAACUGUCCGUUCAAAUUGCGUCUAAACUGAUGCUCUGUUCUUUCAACGGAAGAAUGUUGGACUUGUUUUGCAUCCAAACUCACCACUUGCUAUUUCACCAUUUUCAUUUUGGUUUCGAAACGAAUUCAUUUUUCAGUGCAAAUACGCAGCGCCGUGUUUGAGAUGUCUCAAAAGAGCUCAGUAACCUUGGGAUUUUAUGACACAAUAUAUGUUUUGUACAAGUGGAGCCUGACGAGAGAGGCUGAGACUGAAAUCUGAACCUGACUGAAUGGGAAUAGUCCCUCUCUUGGCGCUCCCAAUGUCCGGUGUUAUCUGAAAAGAAGAAGAUAUUAACAUUGCCGGUUACUAAAUGGUUUACUGGGGGAUUUGUAAAAGGCAAAAUGCUGCUGCUUGUUCUGUUGGCCUUUUCCAUAUCGGGUUCAUUUUGUGACUCGGAUUCGGACCUCAGAGCCGAGACCUGCAGCGCUUGCUCCUGCAUGUCCAUCGAGAACGUCCUCUAUGUGAACUGUGAGAAAAUAACUGUGUACAGACCUACACAGCUGCAGCCGCCAGUAUCCAGCCUCUACCAUUUGAAUUUCCAGAACAACCUUUUGUAUAUCCUUUACCCCAACUCUUUUGUGAAUUUCACACACGCAGUCUCACUCCAGCUGGGGAACAACAAACUCCAGAACAUUGAGGGAGGGGCCUUUGUGGGGCUUAGUGCAUUGAAACAGUUGCACUUAAAUAACAAUGAGUUAAAAGAGCUCCGCGCCGACACUUUCCGAGGGAUCGAGAACUUGGAAUACCUCCAGGCUGACUACAAUUUAAUCAAGUUCAUUGAGAAAGGAGCCUUCAACAAAUUACACAAACUGAAGGUUCUCAUUUUAAAUGACAAUCUGAUUCAAAGCCUACCUGAGAACAUUUUCCGAUUCGCCUCCCUUACUCACUUGGACAUAAGAGGGAAUAGGAUACAGAAGCUUCCCUAUCUUGGAGUGCUGGAGCACAUCGGGCGGAUAGUGGAAUUGCAGUUGGAUGACAACCCGUGGAAUUGCACUUGUGAUUUGUUACCUUUGAAAGCCUGGUUGGAGAAUAUGCCCUAUAACAUUUUCAUCGGAGAGGCUAUUUGCGAGACCCCUAGUGACCUGUACGGCCGACUCUUAAAGGAGACUAAUAAGCAGGAGCUGUGCCCCAUGGGGACAGGCAGUGACUUUGAUGUACGGAUGCCCCCCUCCCAGCCCGAGGGUGGGCUAACCAUGUCCAACGUGGCACCUUCAACCAUAGCACCUUUAGUGACCAAAGCACCCAAAACAACCAAUCCCUCCAAAAUAUAUGGCAAUGGGAUUGUCGCUGGCAUCCCAGCUGGUAAAAAUGGCCAAAUUGUGUCCUAUCAAACUCGAAUCCCUCCCCUCUCCUGCCCCCAGCCCUGCACAUGCAAAGCUCACCCUUCUGACUUUGGCAUUAGUGUUAGCUGUCAAGAAAGAAACAUUCAGAGUCUAGCAGAUCUUGUACCUAAACCGCCAAAUGCCAAGAAAUUGCACCUUAGUGGUAAUUACAUUCGAGAUAUCAGUCCCACUGACUUCCAAGGGUUUGAGGGUUUAGAUUUAUUACAUUUGGGCAGCAAUCAAAUAUCCACCGUCCAGAAAGGUGUGUUCGCAAAUCUUACCAACCUCCGUAGGCUGUACCUAAAUGGAAAUCAGCUGGAGCAGCUGCACCCUGAAAUGUUUCUUGGGCUAAGUAACCUCCAGUAUCUCUAUUUGGAGUACAAUGCCAUAAAGGAGGUGUUAGCAGGGACGUUUGACUCCAUGCCAAAUUUGCAGCUCUUGUAUCUGAAUAACAAUGUGCUCAGAAGCCUGCCUGCGUACAUCUUUGCAGGUGUUUCUCUUGCCAGACUGAAUCUAAAGAACAACCACUUCAUGACUUUGCCUGUGAGUGGCGUCCUAGACCAGCUCAAAUCUCUCACUCAGAUAGACCUGGAUGGCAACCCUUGGGAAUGCUCCUGCGAUUUAGUGGCUUUGAAACUCUGGCUCGAGAAGCUGAAUGAAGGGGUCGCUGCCAAAGGGGUCAAGUGUGUGUCUCCAGUGCAAUUCUCCAACAUUGAGCUGAGGGAGCUGAAAAAUGAGAUAAUGUGCCCAAAGCUCAUAGCCAGGCCUCCUUUCAUCUUGACCAGCGCCACCCCUGUCCUCACAUCGCUGUCACCUGCCGGAGUUGGCAAGGCACCCCCCAGCGGUCCUGUGCCCUUGUCUAUUAUGAUAUUGAGCAUACUGGUAGUUCUGAUCCUCACUGUCUUUGUGGCCUUCUGCCUGCUGGUCUUUGUGUUGAGACGGAACAAAAAGCCAGCGGGAAGACAGGAGGGACUCGGCAACCAGGAGUGCGGCUCCAUGCCUCUCCAGAUCCGGAGGCACAAUCACAAAUCUAACAAGAAGGACGACCUGGGAGGAGAGACCUUCAUCCCGCAGACCAUCGAGCACAUGAGCAAAGCUCACACGUGUGGAAUUAGAGACUCAGAGUCAGGCUUCAAAUUCGUAGACUCGGAGAGACAGAAAAUGAUGUUGCGCAACAGCGCCGACAAAGACAAGGACUCUCUACCCCUGGACCCCAGGAAGAGAUUAAGCACCAUUGACGAGCUGGACGAGUUCAUACCGGGACGAGACAGCAUAUUCCUCCACAACUACUUGGACAGCAAAAAGGAUUUCAACAGUAUAGGGGUGAGUGGCUUUGAGAUCCGUUACCCCGAGAAACCACAUGACAAAAAAAUGAAAAAAUCAUUGAUAGGGGGCAACCACAGUAAGAUAGUGAUUGAGCAGCGUAAAAGUGAUUAUUAUGAACUAAAGGCAAAAAUGGGGACCCCAGACUACCUUCAAGUACUAGAGGAACAGACAGCCCUCAGUAAAUUCUAGAACAUCAUCUUCACCUGCCCCGUAAUGACAAAAGUGCCUUAAGACAAAUCUUAAUGACCAAUGGAAUUCCGGACACGUUUCAUUACACAAAAAGUAACUCCCUUAGAAUCGGUGGCUGUGUUAAAAAUUACAUACCAUUUUUUAUGUUUGUGAUGCCAUUAAAAGUUAAGAAUCACAUCAGUCAAUAUCCUUAAAAAAAAAAAAAAAAAAAAAACUGUCGUAGUUUGCUGCUAUUGAUAUGAAUUCCAUCAAAUUCAACUGAACUUUGUUUUGACCAAAUGAUUGGGUCAUGAAACAGUGUUGAGUGUACUUCAUAUUGACCCUUCUUCAUUGUGUUUGGUUGGAAGUAUUUUUAGGCAUCUUGGGAUGACAAAAUCAAAUGGAGUGGAAGAAAUGGAAGUUGGCACAUGCUUGAAAGUGGUGGAAUACCCCAGACUCCCCUCUCUUGGAUUAUAUUUUGCCACUUUUGGGGACUUGAAACUCUUGGAUUUGAUUAUAUCUGAAGGUACUGGCAGCCAACAUCCGUACAUUUUGGAUUAUUCCAAUUACCUGUAAAGAGCCAUUUGAUAUUGUUCUACUGAAAUGUGAUUCUUCUUGAAGUGUUUGGUUAUGGCACAUGACAGGACAUUCAUGAACUCAAGAGAAACUAAACAGCUGCUUGCCAUGUAAGCGUAUCUGGAUUUAUUUUGUAAGUCAACAUUAUUUGUAUUUGUGGGGCAGUUGUGUAAAUUACAACAGUCGACAAUUAAAUUCAACAGUCUCAUCAAGAAAAAAGAAAUAAAUAAAAAAAAUAGUGGAUUCAAGAAAAAUACGGAAAAUCAAAAAAAGAAAAAAAAAAGAAAACAACAUUGAUGACCACUGUCACCUGUCAAUUCGUAGUUUAACUUCAUAUUUAAUUUAUUUUUCUAUGCAGAAUUAUUUAAAGACUAUUGGUACUAUUUAACAAUUUCAAGGGACAUUUUGAAUGCUCUAAGUGAUACAGGCGAGCUCUCUUAGUUCGAGCUCUGAAUCUACAAUUCUGUUCUGACCUGAGUUACAUUCUGAAUUCUACUGGUGGCUGAUCGACAAAGGCAUACAUAUGAUGGUGAUGCCAUUUUCACUGUCACGUUGCACGAGGUGAGGCCUCCUAGCGUAUCACGUCUAACAGUUUGCUUAUUCUUAUAUCCCAGAGCAACUUGUAAAAGGUUUCUUAUUAACAAUAUGCAACCAAAUAAGUGUGCAUUAAUGUCAUAUGAUUCUGGAUAGUGCAAACGCAUUGUGGGAAUGAAAUAUUAAUUGGCUGUAAUUUACUAGACUUGUGGAGAGGAUUGUGUUCUUUAGACACAACUCUGAGACUUAACUCGCCUUAUGAAAAGGCUGCAGAUUUGGUCAGAAUCAUAUCACUUUUCAUGUGCAAUAUUAUUACGCUCAAUCAUAUUAGCUUGAAAUCUUUAUUUUGUUUUCUGUUCAAAUUAAUAUUACAGAAAGAGAGAGCUUAAUUUUUUUAAAGAAAAGGCUUAAUUUCAUUCAGUCUUUAUUUAAAAUAUUAAGUUAAAUGAUUGUUUAAAAUAGAAUGUACCAUGAGAGAUAAAAAUAAAUACAAUUUUAUAUCAGUCAUGAGAAAUCUGUAUAUUGGUUAUUAAUUUCAUUGUGCAAUCCUGUUGAGGUCAAGGUAUUAAAAUCCAAUCUAAUUUGCUCUGUCUUUUCUUUCUUUCUGCUUUUUUUUUUUUUCUGUUUACAGAAGUGUUAUCAUGUUUUGUUGAUCGUUAAAUUUGCUUCUUGAAUAAAAGGCCCUGAAUGCUCUUACAGACAAUUUGGUAAAUUAAGUGUCUUGAAGAUUUUUAAUCUGCUAAAGCUGUUAAACACUCACUCGUGCUCUUUGGCAUAUGGCUAAGGUUUCCAAAGGUCUUACCUUCUCUAGUUUGAAAAAAGAGAUUCAUCUAAGAUGCCGAGGGUCACUUGACUUGAAUUGGCAACAGAUAAGAGAACUCAUAAAUUUUAGUUGAAUUGCGUGCUGUUGAUGUUGUGUGUGUGUGAGAGACAAAUGUAAGCAGGAAAAAACAACCUGUUUCCAUUUGAUGAUAGCAGGAUUGUGCUUUAGAGAGGCUCUUGACGAUCCUUCUCGUAUGUACUUCAUCUAAAACAUGAGGUACUGAGACCGAAACAUAAUGUGUGAUGCACUGCAUGUCUAAUAUAACAUCUUGGUAUGUUAAGACGAUAUGUGCAAAGGUGUAUGCAGAAAUUACUAAUUGUGCAAAUGUGUGAUGGGGAAUUUUUCUUCACAAUAAUGAAUUAUAUUUUAGAUCCUGUCUGCAUUGACUUGUUAAGGUUUAGUAUUUGUGCAGCAAUUUAGGGUCUUUUUUAUUUUUACGUAAAAGUUGAUAAAGUAUUUUAUCAUGAUAUGUGGCUUGGGAUAUUUGCUAUAGUUACAAUAUGCUAUAUAUUAAUUAUAUUAGUGGCCUGCAAUAACUGAUGCCAGCUCACAUUUUCUUAACAACCACGUUUAUAUAACUCAGUUGAAAGAAUGUGUCUCUACAGUGAACAUUAAAGUAUCUAAUUCUUGUUCUCAUCUAGACUGUUCUUGUUCAGCAGAUUUGUCAAUGCAAAAAGUAUUGUAUUUAACCCAAACAAUUAAAU